AUGACUUAUGUUGUUUAGGUUUUUUGUUAUGUACUGUCAGUAGCAGAAAUGUACAAAUAAAGUGGACGUAAUGAAGUAAUGGUUUUGCAGGAAUUCAGAAUCUACCACGUGCGCAGUUUUCUUGAAAAUGUUAUUUUGAAGCGACUAGUGAUGCGGGAGGCGGCCACGAACAAACAGCGCCUACGAGAAAGUGUGUUGGGCAGACGGACGUGUAGAAGCUAGAUGUAGGUCGUGACACACGGCCGCACAUUCUUCAGUGCGCUCAGAGUGGUUCCGGGGUGAAAGCCGAGGUGUCAUCCACAUUCUUUGGAUGCUUCCAUCAUGGCUGUCAAAGCUGAACACAAGUCUUCACUGGAGUUGGUUCUCAAGUCUAUUUUGGCGGGAGGCGUGGCGGGGAUGUGCUCCAAGACAGCGGUGGCCCCGCUGGACCGCAUCAAGAUCCUGCUGCAGGCCCACAACAAGCACUACCAGCACCUGGGGGUGUUCGGCGGCUUGAGGGAGAUAGUGCACCGCGAGAAGUUCUUCGCGCUCUACAAAGGGAACGGCGCCCAGAUGGUGCGCAUAUUCCCGUACGGAGCGACGCAGUUCACAGCCUUCGAGCUGUACAAGAAGCUGUUCACCAACCUGCUGGGCAGCAACUCGCACGCGGCCAAGUUCCUGUCCGGGGCGGGGGCGGGGGUGACUGCCGUGCUGCUCACGUACCCCCUGGACACGAUCCGGGCGCGCCUGGCCUUCCAGGUGACGGGCGAGCACGUCUACACGGGCAUCCUGCACGCUGCCGUCACCAUGUUCAAGCAGGAAGGAGGCAUCCGCGCGCUGUACCAGGGCUUCGUGCCCACGCUGUGCGGCAUGGUGCCGUACGCAGGGCUGUCCUUCUACUGCUUCGAGAACCUCAAGUUCCUGUGCAUGAAGUACCUGCCCGGCCACACCUGUGGGCCGUGCCCGCGCAACACAGGAGGCCUGGUGCUCUUGCUGCCGGCCAAGCUGCUGUGCGGAGGUCUGGCGGGGGCCGUGGCCCAGAGCUUCUCCUACCCGCUGGACGUGACGCGUCGCCGCAUGCAGCUAGCUAUGAUGAACCCAGACACCAGGAAGUACGGGAGCGGCAUGGUGAAGACCAUCACGCUGAUCUACAGGCAGCACGGCGUGCUGCGCGGCCUGUACCGUGGCAUGACCAUCAACUACCUGCGCGCCGUGCCAAUGGCCGCCGUGUCCUUCACCACGUACGAGCUCAUGAAGCAGCUGCUGGGGCUCGACACCGGCAUGAAGAUAACGUAGAGCUCCGUCAGAUGGUCGUGUGCUCCCGUGGAAUAGCUCCCGCACGCGGGACUUCUACUUGAGACGGUUCAGUAUUUAUUAUUGGGUUGUUUGAUGUAAAUGUUGAGUUUAUUCAGGGUGAGGCACCAGGCUAAUAGUGUGCACAUCCAACAACUGCACUACUUCAUAUGCGACAUUAACGCUACAAGACUACGAGUGAAGCUGCCCUUCGCUCAAGUACACUAGCACACUGCCGCGGACAGCAACGUGAACAUUACGGCCAUCGGAGCAGUCAUUCACUUACUGUAUAGUGGAACAUGGUCCGGAUUAAGCCCGACUAACUUUAUGUAGAAUAUGUAUGGCUUCUACUUAAUGUGGAAAUUUUUAAAUUGACCUUAUUUUUCUUUAUUUGUGUUUAUUUAACAGUGGAUCUUAUUUCAGAGUUUGUGUUUCAUGAGAAUUUCGUUUGCUAGACUUAUUAUUCCCCACCACCAGCAGGUCUGGUGAGAUUGCAGUUUGUUAGUUUAGCAAAGUUAACACUCCCAAGUUAAAUGGGAGACAGCAGCCGAACAAGAGAUGAAAAGUAAUGUACUUUUUUUUUUAUGUUUUUGUAUGUCGCUUGUUCAGGGGGAACAUCAUAGGUAUCAUGUUGCAAGAGCUACAAUAUUACAUAAUGAUUCAUGUACAAAUUGUUUUUAUUCAUGGUGGAACCGUGUGAUGUAAGCAACCUGCUGACACAGCGGUGGGACUGUGUCUUGUGAUGGAAACACAACUGCUGCCAACUGUUGCUGCAUUAGGAACAAUGCUAUGUACCGAAGUAGCUUGGCUUCUGGGUUGUAGCCGUUGCCUUGACAAAUAAUUCACCGACGGUUUGGUCAACAUUGCAGUAGCCAUCAUCAGGGAGCAGUUACCUACUGAGGUUCUUACCAGUUGUCCUGCAUUUAUAUACUCUCGCCUGAGGGGAAGGUGCUUCCUGAUUGGCUGCUGUGGGCCAAUCAGGGACGAUUUGCCUGAUGUUGGAUGUGGAGCUAUGUUUUGAGGAUUUCUAAAGAGUGGGUUCCAUAUUUUGCUUAAUUUGUUGACAUCUUCUUUAUUAAUGUUUGCUGGGUAUUUUAAUAUUUCUAUUGAUUCUCGAAUGUUUUUUUUCUUGUAUUGUCGGAUAUUGAAUAUGGUGUGGAAUUGGUCGAAAUCAAUGCUGUGUGGUUUCCAUGGAGUGUUCUGCUAUAGCUAGAGCCGAGAUUAUAUGGUUUUAUUUUGAACCUGAUUUCAUCAUUUAAAACCACACAUUUCGUUGUUAUUUCGUCUUUUAAAAAAAUAUGGCUUUUUUAAGCUAUUCAUGGUCCUUACACAAUAUAUUUCACAAUUGUGACAAAAAAUAGCAGUUGGGCCUAUUGUGUUGUUUAGAAUCGCAUGUAUUAAACAUUUAAAUGUUAUGGUUAAACAUUUUCUCUUAAAAGGUACAAUACAUUCUCAGGAACCAUCAAACAAAUCUGAUAUUUUGGCACCAAAACAAAAAGGGGUAAAAAUUGUAAAACUCACAAUAAAAGCUUAUAAAAAGCCAUUAUUUAACACGCAGCAUAUAUUUUGUGUGGGUUUAUAAUAAUCGUACUAAUGUUUGUAUAAGAGAAAAAAAAAUCGGACAUGCUGCUUAAAAAUACGGCAGCAGUAGCUUGUGCAACGUAAGUGGGGGCGCAGGAAUAUCGUCUAGACAGGCUGGCAGCAGCACAGGCGGCGGAUGCAUUACGUCAUACGGCUUACCUCUCCUUCCCUUGUCCAGACUUCAAGGUUCAUCCCUCCCAGGCAUACAAACUAUCGUGUCUCUCUCUCCCCCUCCUUCCUCAACGUCCUUUGGCAUGUGAAACUGUCAACAUCCUUCCUCCCCUUCACAAAAACUGCGUGCGACGAAAGCCAGGUUUGUAUAGUCCAUUUCUGGUAAAAUGAAAAAUUUUUAAGGGCCCCCACGACAGCCAUUUACCGUUAAUAAUUUUAAUACAAUUUGUUUGUUAGUUGCACUAUUAUUUCUGCUGGAAAAUCACUUAAACUUCAAAAUUUCUUCAAUGUAAAAAAUUAGCAGGGCCGUAAAAGGAAAAAAUUAGCAGGGCCGUAAAAGUAUUCAUUUUUACCGCAAAUGAACUAUACUCGCCCUUCCUGCCGGACAACAUUCUCGGCGCAUGAUGCAUGGCAGCUACAGUCGUGUGCCGCGCACAGCCACGAAAAACCUACGCGAUUUCCAAACUACUAUCUAGAUAUCCGACUGGAGUGUUUACGAAAAGCAUUUAAGAAUUUGUUAAUUCCCAACUGGUUAUUUUGAUAUCGGAUCAAGAGGAUUUAGAAGAGAUAAAAUGGCUAAAAGGCAUGUUUUUGAAGUUUUAGGUGUAGAAAACCCGUUACAAAUUUCUUGAAAGUAUCAGAGGGAAAUGCAUUACACCUAUCUUUAUUUUUCCGCAAUAUAAUGUUACGGUCACCGCUCAAAUUUCACCGUUAUCUGACGGCAACGAGAUGACUGCACGCCAGUUCAGAGCCUUGCACUUAGAGGUUUUACAGCACUAGAACUACCAUUGAGCGUCGCUCUUUUCAUCCCGCUUCACUAACACACGCUGACCAGACGGCGCCUUAAAGCUGAUUAGAGGAAGCACGUAGAAAUGCAAGGCAGGAAAUUCUUCCAGCUUAUCAACCAGGACCCAGGCAAGUCGACUAUCAAGCGUUUCACAUUAAAAUAUAAGAGACUUGUAUGGUGUAAUUUCUGUGUUAUUUAGCAGUUUUUCUUUAAAAUCGCUUUUUUCGCAUUUUCCACAAAAAUUCGCUGAAAAUUUCGCGAUUUCACGAUUCACCAUAUAAUCGUGGCCCUAGCUAUAGCUGAUCAUGGGUUUUCACUGAUGUGUUCUUUAACUCUUGUGAUUAUUCGUCUGCCAGUUUGUCCUGUAUAUACUUUGCCACAGGAACAUGGAAUCUUGUACACACCGGCUAGGUUUUCGGCAGGGGUUUUAUCUUUCACAGAUGUCAGAGAGAGAGAGAGAGAUAUAUCCCUGCUGAAAACCUAGAAACCUAGCCGGUGUGUACAAGAUUCCAUGUUCCUGUGGCAAGGUAUAUACAGGACAAACUGGCAGACGAAUAAUCACAAGAGUUAAAGAACACAUCAGUGACUACAAACAUGAAAACCCACGAUCAGCUAUAGCAGAACAAUCCAUGAAAACCAGACACAGCAUUGAUUUCGACCAAUUCCACACCAUAUUCAAUAUCCGACAAUACAAGAAAAGAUACAUUUGAGAAUCUUAAAACACCCAGCAAACAUUAAUAGAUAAUAUGUCUACAAAUUAAGCAAAAUAUGGAACCCACUCUUUAGAAAUCCUCAAAACAUAGCCCCACAUCCAACAUCAGGCAAAUCGUCCCUGAUUGGCCCACAGCAGCCAAUUAGGAACUACCUUCCCCUCAGGCGAGUGUAUAUAAAUACAGGACAACUGGUAAGAACCUCAGUAGGUAACUGCUCCCUGAUGAUGGCUACUGCAAUGUCGACCAAACCGUUGGUGAAUUAUUCGCCAAGGACACUGCUACAACCCAGAAGCCCAGCUACUUCAGACUGAGGGCUGAUCGCGCAUUGCCGGUGAUUUCGAGAUGUUAACUAUGGGCGCCACCACGUGGAAGGGCACGUGGACCCGGCGGAGUCUCUCACUCAGGGCGUGACGUAGCCCAAGUGGGGACGAGUUACCAGCCCUUUCUAUCCUAGCUACCCAGACCUGGCCCGCUCUAGGCGUCGGGCACGCCACACUCCUAGACUCACUCACCACGUGAUUAAAUAAAUACUCACUUUAUAUUUAUUUUCCAGAUUUAAUUUCACUAACACAUCUCUCUACACGCCCGUUACACGUUACACAUUACACGGUUAAAAAGCCUGAGGCACGAAUCGGUUUAGGUGAAGGCAUGGUCCGCACACGUGGCCAUGCUGCAAAGUUUACUUAUUACACGGUGAUGAAAGAAACUCGACUGAGACAAUUAAUUAAUUAAACAGUCCGCUGACCGAGAGCUGCCCCGAGGAUGACGAACGAAAGCGAUUUAAAAAGAAUUAACGAUACAGAAAUUACUUGGUCAGAGAUGAACAAAGGUUGAGGUCCCCGGGGUGCUGGCGCGUCUGCUCUCGGUCAGUGAUGAAGAUGGACUGCGGUGAGCUCAUCGCUCGCAGGUGGCAACAUGGCGCCCUUCGCGCCAACACAAUUACCGUUACUAUAUUCUACGAUUCCGUGCCCCGGCGAAAGUUGAGUAAAUUACAGAUAAACAUUAAAAAUAUAUAAAAAUUACUGACAAUGGAAAGUUCGUUACUAUUUACUUAUUUAAUGACAAUUUAUGUAAAAGCAUUCCUACCCUCGUCCAAGUCCGUGCCUGUUCGGGUCCGCCCGGGCAACGUCUAUAGUUAUUUAAGGUAACCUAUUUAAAUUAAAGAAAACACAAGUAAAUUGCACAACACUGGGGCAAAGACGAAUGAAAACAACAAAAAGGCUUACAAUUAAUAUUAACAUAGCAAUUUUAGGGAUCGCCGCACUGCUUCUACGCGCCCUCUUGUGGUAGUUCGUGGCGCGCAAUUCAAACACACGACUACGUACAUGGCGGUACAAAUGCCGGGGAAGGGGAGAGGAAUGUUGAGGAAACGGAGACUGACUAGGCUCAUGGGGCGUAGCCCCGGCUGACGUCAAUACAAUGGCAGUGAAAGCCUGCGAACAUUGUUAAUGCUAUGUACCAUGUUUACCUGCAGAACAGUCACCCUUGAAUAUGGAUCGCACCAUGUGUCUGUCUUCUUGCACCAGUCCACAGCUCGCAGACCACUUUCACUCAGUUUACUCAUGGUUAUACAAGUGCGUUAAAACUAUGAAAAUGAUCAAUUUUACAUAGAUAUUGGAAUAUUUCCCUGUCUUUGCAAAUCAUAUGUAGGGUACGUCUGGCACAGAAAUUAGUCUGCAAAGAUGACUGAAUAGUGAACUAUCCUUAAAAAUUGCAAUUACAGUACAACCCGGUUAUAACAUUCCCGUUUUUAACAUUUUCCCGCCUAUAACACCAUAAUUUCAUGGUCCCGUCAUUUCUCCAUUUAUCACAAUGCUUUAAUUUCCCGCCUAUAAAAAUAUUAAAACUUCUACAUUCCCGCCUUUAACGUUCAAAUUUACUUUGAUAACUGCCACAAUUUGCGGUAUCCCUUCCUUCAAAGUCAUAAUUUAGAGCGAAACCAUAGCUAGAAAAUACAGCACGCAUAUACAAACAUCAGAUGUUUACAUUUGAGUAGUUCACCAUAGAUAUGGUACACACGCACUCCACAACUUGCACCGGAUCGACUAUCAAUAUGGCGUCCUGUUCGCGCUUUUUAGCCUAUGACUUGUUCCUUUAUACUUAUGAUGCACAUUUUGUGCACUGAUAGAUGGUCGGAAACAGUGCUACUAUACUCUAUGGUGCUGGUUUUUGUUUCAAAGGUUUAACACCUUGAGAUGGUUAACUGUUCUAUGGAUAUAUUCACGGCUUUUGUUUGUGGUUAACCUUUACCGUAAUUAUUAUUAUUUUUUUACUUAUUGUAGUCACGGUCGUAUUUAAUUAAAAUACGCCGUAUUGAAAUUUUAUUCAGGUUUUUGUACGGUUAUGAUGGCCGAUAAAUAUAAGCGAAAAUAUAUUCUGUAGCUGAAAAAAUUCAGUUUAUUAACCAAGUGGACAGAAACCCCAACAAAACGUGUGUUGUGAUUGUAAAAGAGUUGAAUAUUUCUGUUUUGACUCUGAACUGUAGUGUACAAAACAUUUUUUUUUCUUUAGCAUAUUAUUAGGUAUUAUCUAUAAAUAAAAUUAACCAAUUUUCCACUCUAUUGCUGUACUUAGUGUAAUACUCCUGUAUUUUGUGUUGUUUUACCUAUACUUUUUAAUUUAAUCAAUCCACGUGUAAUUUUUACAAAGUGAAGAUGAUUUCCUGCUUAUAACAUUUUCCUGCUUAUAACAUUUUUUUAUGUUGGUCCCUUGGAGAAUGUUAUAACAGGGUUGUACUGUAAUCAAAAUAUUGCAAAAGUGCAAUAACCUCACACAAGGUGGAAGACAUGCCUUCUUCACUUUUUUUGGUUGCAAUCUUCUUUUAAGAAAAAAAAAAACGCACAGUUUAAACCAUUUGUAAAGCUGCCCCAGUUCUGUCUUAUGCAUCAUUGUAUGAUGUAUGAUUGCAAAAACAGGUAAUGUUUUCAGGGUCUGAGUGACAGCAGUCUGAAGUUAGACAGUUUCCCCUCCCGGCCCCUCAGGAACGUGGACACCCUAUAGUAACAACGUGCUAUGCAUCUAGCCAUCUUGCCCUUAUUUUCCCAGAGCCACACCUGCGGGUCAUGUUAGUUACUAUUACCAGCCAAAUGCCAAAUAAUGUAUUUUGAAUAUUUUGCUACACAUGUACUGCAAAUGUUCUGUUGAAAUAGUUGAUGUUAGAAUUACAGACCUAUCCAUUGCAGACAGCUGAUGUAAUGAAGCAUACCCUCCAAUAAAGAUCUUUUUUUUUUAAA